AAGAGAGGGAGUGAGAGAUUGAGAGGGAGAUCAGCACAACUCCUGUGUUUUAUGCUGCAGCAGCGGCACUGAAAGCACAAGGGCCCCACAGAGGGUGUGGGGGGAGUGGACCUACCAUACCGCACUCACACAGGAGCCGGACCGGACACGGACCGCACUCCAGCCGGGACAGGAGAGGAGAGGAGAGGAGAGAGAGGAACUCACCACACACACACUCACAUACACACAUUCAGUGGAACUAGACCAUACUGUCACCGACAGACACACACACACACACACACAUACGGAAACACACAACAGACCCAAAAACUCUUAACACUGUGAGGAGUUCCACUUUGAAACAUGGCCACAUCAUCUCUGCUGCACUCAUGGAGGAGAGGUGGUGAGGUGUCCCCUCUUCUGGGCACCUCCAGGAGAGGAGGAGGAGGGCUGGGCCGGAGCUGGGCCGGCUGUGGCCCGCCGCUGCUGCUGCUGUGCCUGCUCUUUGGCCUGGGCUCCGGCUUUAACCUGAACACCACGGCCCCGCUUCUUAAGGAAGGGGCGGCCGGCAGCUUCUUCGGAUUCUCCACCGCCCUGCACCAGCAACUCACGCCGGAGCCAAAGAGUUGGGUUCUAGUGGGGGCGCCGCGUUCCCGAGGGGUGGGGGCCAUGAAGAACAUCCACCCUGGGGCCCUCUACCGAUGCCCCAUCACUGCGGAGGAGUACGACUGCGAACGAGUGGACAUCGAUGGAGAGGUGAGCCUGGACCGUGAGAGCAAAGACAACCAGUGGUUGGGCGUGACCGUGAAGAGCCAGGGGAUUGGAGGGAAAGUUGUGACGUGUGCCCACCUGUAUGAGCUGAGGCAGCGCGUGAGCCUGCCGUCGGAGACGCGGGACCCUAUUGGCCGCUGCUACGUGCUGAGCGAGGACCUGACGGAGCGCGACGACCUGGACGGGGGCGAGUGGAAGUUCUGCGAGGGCCGCCCCCAGGGACACGAGCAGUUCGGCUUCUGCCAGCAGGGGAUGGCCGCCAGCUUCACCCCCGACAAGAACUUCAUCCUGUUCGGGGCGCCCGGCACCUACAACUGGAAAGGGGAGAUGCGGGUCCAGCUUCUCAACUUGACGGUGCUGGAGCUGGGUUACUAUGACGACGGCCCGUACGAAGUGGCGGGCGAGAAGGAGCUGAACGCGGGCCUCAUCCCCGUGCCCUACCACAGCUACCUGGGACUUAUGUUCUUGGCCAGCCCCAUUGAAGAUGCACUGGUGUACAAAUCAAUGGAACCCAGCAGUCCGCCCCAGUUCGCAGAUGUAGCUCAUAAUAGCUACCUAGGCUUCUCUGUGGACUCGGCCAUAGGCCUGAUGAGCAGGCGUGACUUGACCUUCGUGGCGGGGGCUCCGCGAGCCAAUCACACGGGGGCUGUGGUGCUGCUGCGCAAGGACAACGUGUACCGCCUGGUGCCGCAGCACAUCCUGUGGGGGGAGGAGCUGGCCUCCUCAUUCGGCUACUCCGUCGCCACCGCCGACCUCAACAGCGACGGGUGGACUGACCUCAUCGUGGGGGCCCCCAACUUCUUCGACCGCAAGGCUGAGAUCGGCGGCGCGGUGUACGUGUACCUGAACCCGGCCGGCCACUGGGACAAGGUGUGGCCCCUGCGCCUCAACGGCACCUACGACUCCAUGUUCGGCAUGACCGUCAACGCCGUGGGAGACCUGGACCAGGACGGAUACGUGGAUAUUGCUGUGGGGGCUCCGUUUGACGGUGAUGGGAAGGUGUUCAUCUACAGAGGCUCCAAGUCAGGACUGCACACCAAACCCUCUCAGGUGCUGGAUGGGGCGAGUCACGGUGUGACCCGCUUUGGCUACUCCAUCUCUGGAGGGCUGGACGUGGACCACAACCAGUACCCAGACCUGGCGGUGGGCUCUCUCAGUGACAAGGUGGUGCUGUACAGGUCCAGUCCGGUCGUCACCAUAGUGCGCGAUGUAAAUAUAGAGCCCCAGGUCAUCGACAUGGAGCAGCAGAACUGCAAGGGCAGAGACGGAAUCUGUGUGGAAGUGAAAGCCUGUUUCCUGUACACAGCACACCCUACAAGCUACAACCCCCGAAUCACGCUGACUGUGGUGUUUGAGGCGGACACUGAGCGCAGGAAGCUGGGUCUUCCUCAUCGGGUGAUGUUCCUGGGCCGGGCUCCCUACGAGCCGGAGUACCUGCACACUGAGGAGCUCAAGCUGCACGGCCAGGGCCACUCCACCUGCCAGGACGUCACCUUCCAGGUCAAGGAUAACAUCCGGGAUAAGCUGCGUCCCAUCGCGGUGACUAUCACCCACUCUAUCACUCACACGCACCACCAUCGCCACAUCGGCCCAGCUCACCUUGCCAUGCUCACCCCCGUGCUGAGCCCCAGCGUGCCCGAAACCCUGCUGUCUGAUGUGAACUUCCUGAGGGAGGGCUGUGGGCCGGAUAAGGUGUGCCACAGCAACCUCCAGAUCAGCUGCGCCUUCGGCACAAGAGUCGAUCCAAUGGAACCCUUCGAGCGUCUACCUCUUGAUGAGGAUGGGCUCCCGCUGUUCACCCUGACCGACCAGAAGUACGUGUUUCUGGAGGUCCUAGUGACCAACUUCCCCUCUGACCCCCUGGACCUGGAGAAGGACGGAGACGAUGCUCACGCAGCCAAAGUGCAGUUCCUGCUCCCAAACCCCCUCUAUUUCUCCAGGGUCUGGGGCCACAACCAACAGGUGUUGUGUGAGACCAGCCUGAAUGGCUCCCAGGUGGACUGUGAGCUUGGCAACCCGUUCAAGAGAGACGCCAUGUCCAAGUUUUACAUCGCUCUGGACACCACUGGCAUCACCGUGGAAACUACAGAACUAUCAGUUGAUGUCAUUAUGUCAACCAUUAGUGAGCAGCUUGAUCUGGCCCCUGUCACAGUCAAUGCCAGAGUGGUGAUACUGCUCCCCCUGUCUAUCAGUGGCCAAGUCAACACUACUAGUGAAGUCAACACUAACCAGCUGUUCUUCAGUGGGACGGUGAAGGGAGAGACUGCUAUGAACAGCAUAGACGAAAUCGGAAGUCCUGUGGACGUUACGAUCCUGGUGACGAGCACGGGCCAGACGCGGCACACGCUCGGCUCGGCCUUCCUGAACAUCAUGUGGCCUCUCGAGCUGGACAACGGGAAGUGGCUCCUGUACCCCGUCGCCGUGGUCACCGAGGGCUCGUCCCUCGGCCACUGCAUCCCCGCGGAGGCCCUGAACCCCAGGAGGAUCGGCGUCGUGGACGAGCCACAACCAGCCAACAUUAACCCCAGGAGGAACGGUACUACACUGUCAUCGGGUGUCAAGAACGGCGUCAUCGACGAGCCAAAACCAGCCAACAUCAAGGGCGGCAAGCGGAAACCGCGCUCCUACCCAGAGCAUGAGGGAGAGGUGGCUGUUGUGAGGGGCCAGCCGGAGAGGACCACGCCUGCUGUGGCCGCCUCAGAGAGACGCAAGUCCCUAAUGCUGGACUGUCUUCUGGGCUCAGCACGCUGCGUGCUCUUCCGCUGCCCUCUACAGAGUGUGUCUGGUACUGAAUCUCUGACAAUCAAGGCACGACUGUGGAACAGCACCUUUAUUGAGGAGUUUUCCACUGUCAGUGUGCUGGACCUGGUGGUCAGAGCCAACAUCACAGUCAAGUCCACCAUCAAACACCUGGUGCUCCAACAGACGGAAACAGAGAUUGCACUGAAGAUCUUCCCCGAGUUCAGCCUGGCGGACCAGUCUAUGAUCCCCUGGUGGAUCAUCCUGAUCGCCAUCCUGGUCGGCAUCCUGGUGCUGACCCUGCUGGUCCUCAUGUUGUGGAUGUGUGGCUUUUUCCGGAGGGCCCAGUACAAAGACAAAGUGCCUCAAUACCACGCCGUCAAGAUCCCUCGACACGACCGGCCCCAGUUCCAGGACGAGAAGUCCGUCAUCUUACACAAGAAAGAAUGGGCCACACACUGGAACGAUGGCAUGUCCUGAGACAAAACACACACACACACACACACACACACACACACACACACACACACACA